AAAAACAUCAUGCAAAUAGAUCUGUUAAAGUGUAAAAUUAUAACAAUAAUACUUCAUUAUAACAGAACAGGUAAUUGGCAUGAAUAAGAAAUAUUACUCUUUUUUGUAUGCGUUCAAAACAGUAUAAUUUAUUUAUUUAGCAUAACAAAAACAGUAUAUAUCAAACAAAAAUAGAGCAAUACUGUACUUUAAUCAUUAACAAUCACAAAAGCAUCACUAUGUAAACAAAAUACAAACAAAAAUAAAUGCGUUAAAAUAAAAUAAAUAAACAUAAAAGAAAUACAAAAUUUAUUUACAUGAAAUAUAUAGGGUGCAAUGUAGUAUAUCAGUAGCUAUAACAUAACUUGUGCAAUGGGGAAAAAUACUAGAAUUUUGUUAUGUAUUUACCAACGCAUUUAUUUGACAUUUACCAGCAUUUACUUUGCUUAAAGAAUUACUAUUUGUUUCCAGUAGAGAGCAGAACUGAGCUUACAGACCUCGCAGGAAAACAGCAACAGGCCGGAUAUAUGUGGCUACUGGGCAUGCGCACACUAUCAGAAUUAUUUUGGUAACACUGCAAAACGAUAAUGACUAUUUUCACAUUACUGUGAGGGGAUUAAUAAGGUUUGUGGUGGGUGUAUACGUUAAUUAAAACAAUACAAUUUGUAUUUUAAUAAGUAAAUAAAAAUAUGUUAAAUCUUAACUGUAUCCCUUCUACCUCAUUGACUUUAAGUUUUAUAAACGCACAUUCCAGACAUUUUCCUCAAUAAUACAAUUUCAGAGUAAGAUUUAUUUGCAAAUUUUACAUAGGCAAAUCAUAUAUUAGCAGUCAACGACUAUCAACAUUGUUCACAGUUAAUUAGUUAGUGCUAAUAUUGAUAGUCUAUUUAUAUGCUAUUUCAGACCGAAUAUUCAACGUUAGCGUAGCAAACAAUAUAAAGACAAUAUAAUAUAUAUUUAAAGUAGUGUAGUAAACAAUGUAAAGACAAUAUAAUAUAUAUUUAAAGUAGUGUAGUAAACAAUGUAAAGACAAUUGUGCCGAUUAUUAAACCAACUUUACCUCAAUUUGUAUCAGCACCUGUCAAUCACUCAUCAUAACAACAACAACACACGACGCCAGUUUUAAUGAUGCAGGUUGAAGUAUCGGUAACAUAAUGAGGUGUUUUAAGCGACUGUUUCCAUUUUCUUGCCGUCUUCUGAUGUUUAUUUUGUGUGAGAAUGAGCAGUCAGUGUUGCAGGCUGAAUUCACGGCGCAGUAGCUGGUUGAAAGGGACCAAACCUCUCGCAAACACCCGACUUGGUUCCGUUUUACCAGCAACUAAGCCGUGUUUCUGAAGACUGACGAGUUUCCAGAUUUCUUCAUCUUUAUACAGGAUCAUCUCCUGUGAGUCUCAUGCUGCAGAAGACCUCUCUCCGCCUCCUUCAGGACAAUGAGAGCCCGAACUCAUGGAAGUGCCGGGAAUGUGAACAUGGAGGCUCAAAAUGGCGAAGGUCAACACCUGUGAGCUAAAAUCAGCGCCAGUGCAGAGAGAUCGAGAGAUUUACAGAGACGGAGGGCUGAAACUCAACUCUCAGACUAUUUCAGUGGCACACAGAAGCUGGAAAUAGACUCGCUGCUUGUGUGGCUUCACAUCCAUGUAGGAGAUGCGUGAAAUGACAGCGUAAGCAGAUCGACACACUCAAGUGUCGAAUGAAGAUCUAGCGUCCGUCUAUAGUGUUUUUCAGGACAUUGACAUCACUGCCGACACCAAUGGGACUGAAUAACUCUCAUCUCAAGCUGUACCCCGGAGACAUUCUGGAGUUUCCCGGCAACAGCUUCUUUUCUCACUAUGGAAUUUACUACGGUGAAAGAGACGGAGUUCCUUACGUGGCUCAUCUGACCAUCAGAGACUCUGACACCAGACUGCUUCUCUUCGGCCGAGCCCUGAACGCCGCAGUGAAGCUCGACCCGCUCGACGUCGUCGGAAAGAAAUUCAGAGUCAAAAACUACCUGGACGACAAGCAUCCUCCACGAGACUUUUACUCCAUCAUCAAGCCGGAGAUCGAGCACAGCAUGACCAAACCCGUGACCUUCGACAUUCUCUUCAACAACAGCGAACAUCAGGCCACCAUGUUUCGAAACGGGGUCAAAAAGUCCGAGCAGAUCGAAAAAGUUUAUUCCAAGAUAGUUCCCACCUGGAAAGACUUAUUUGAGAAGAGAAAGAUUUAAGAGACGCAUGAUGCUGAAUGAAGACACAGAAACAUGCUUUCUUUUGAGAUUUUGCCAAAACAAUGAAUCAAAUGAAGAGGUUGAAUCAUCUAAAUUAAAGUGUAGCCUCAUUAUAAUCUGUGUUUUUGUAUCUGAAUAUGUUUUAUUAUUUUGGAGAUGAAUGUGUUAUGUCCGUCUCUCUCCAGAAGAUGGCAGCAGAUAAAACAGGUCUGCAUUGGGUUUAGAAUAAACGAUGUACACUGUGCCAACAAAUGUCAGAUUAUUUACAUUAAACCAACAAAAUGUUGUUUGUAUAUUUUGUAAAACUGGGUUUAAUUACUUAGAAAGAAAUGUAGUAGGUUGUAGUACUGUUAGUAGUAUGUAGUACUGUUUUUCCCAUUUAGAACCGGAUCUUAAUGAGAAAUUAAAUGUCUCUGGUCUUAUAGAUUUAUAUAAAUGUGAUGUUUUUAAUCUACAUUUAUUCAUUCUAAUUAACCAAAAUUUGUGUUAAAUUGUAAUGUUUUUAAAGAGUGUUUAUUAA